AUGCAGGUGGAGAUGUCUUACAGGCAGCUGGAGACAUGGGCCGAGAGUUCAGGAUCUGUCCAGAAGGGUCCGUGCCCAGCCCAGCCCGAUUGUGAUUGCUGCCCGCUGGGUUAUCAUCAGUGGUGGCCCCAAGUCCCAGGGAACAUUUUUAACAGUUUCUGCCGGCAGCCACCCUCAUCAGUGACGCCAUCCAUCCUGGAGUCCCUGACGCUGUCCACAGCCAUAAAGUGUAUCCACAGAGGGGCUUGUGCUCUGCAUCUGAGCAUCAGUGCUAGCCUUAUCAUGGAAGAAAGCCUUCGAGGCCUGGAGAUCUGCCUGCUGUCCCUGGACACACAGGAGACAAGGUGUCACAGCACCAGGAUUCCCAAGGUUUCCAGCCGGAAGAUAGUGGGCAGAACGCUCCAGGUACAUUCUGACUGUUUCGAGGUGAGUGUUGCUCAGCACCUUUACGUCACCCUGAAGACCAUCCCCUAUUACUGUGAGGUCCAGAUCAGCCGUGAGUACCAUGUAGAAGACUGUACAGAUGCUAAUGUGGGCAGAAACAUCCCAGCCUGUUUUGCUGGGAUGCUCAAAUACAAUGUUGACCAUGCCAAGAAGGCCAUCGAGGUGCACUUUGCAGACAUCCCCCGGAGUCAGGCCUAUUAUGUCCGGCUAUGUCUCAAGUGGUUUGCUUGUGAAGACUACAGCCCACCAGUACUGGUGAAUGUGGAGCAGCCUGGGAAGGCGGUGGCCCUGAAGUAUUCACAGCUCCUGCCGUGUCUUUGUAUCGAGGGCUGGGCUGCUGUCCCUGAUGCAGUGAGAAUCCAGAUCUGUCCCUUUGAAAAUGACACCAGAAUCCUGUGGGAUUACAUCUUCUACAACUCCUUCACCCGAUCCUUGAGCUGGGAACCUCCCUGCCCUGUCCAGGCCCAAGUCCACCUGUGUGGGAUGUCAGAGAUGGGUGAUCUGUGCUGGGAGCUGAGCCACACAGGCCGGAUAGUCCCAGGCAAUGUACAUUACUCGCAGGUAGACCCACAGCCGUGGCUUUGCAUGAAGUUCACAACCCUACAAGGCUCUUGGGUGAGAUGUCCUUUUGCUGAUGGAAACUUUCCAGGCUGGAAGAUGAAGAUUCAUCAGUUACCGGACAAGUUCCGUGCCGCCUUCAUCUCAAGGAGCCCAGCCAGCUUCCAGGUGCAGCUGUGCAACAGGACUGAACCUUUCCGUUGCUAUAUGCUUGGGACCAUCUCUGUGGGAUCACAGGGAGAUACAGACGCCAUAGCCCACGUUGACAUCCCAGAGGCAGAGGUCUGCUCCCCAGAUAUCUGCAUCCAGGGCUGGAGGACAGAUGUGGAUUACUCAGUUCCUGCACAAGUGUGUGACAUCAGAUGCAACAGGUCCUACAGGAGGAAGCACCAAAGGCCACAUGACUCUCCUAUCACCAUUCACAAGUGGGAAAGAAGAGCUCCUGCAUCUCCCUAAGGACAGAGGCCAGUGCCCACCUCCCUUGCCAGAGCUCUGGCCUCUUCUGGGCAGCACCAGAGCCUCCUUGCC